UUACUGUAUUUCGUGUAUUUCAUUUAGUGAUUGACGCUCGCUGAAGACUACCUGGGGUACAAAGGCUAUACAGCAUCGUGGCAACUUUCAAACCACCAGCUAGUCAUCCAGUGCUAUCCACUAUCCACUACAAUAUCCACAUGCAGCUUGAGGAAAACGCGAAACGAGACUGCGAGCGAGGGAUAUCCGCAUAUGUACUACACUCAGCUGACGAGCUCAGGCUCAUGAACCGGGAAUUAUAACCACGGUCACUCGGGCUGACAUUUAGACUAGCAACGGUUAAGAGCCCCGACUGCUUUUCACGAGGAAGCAUCUGAUUGCGGUGUACGUGAACAUUUACCGGGCUUAUUCUCAAGUAUUUUUCCCAGUCCGAGUAACCAUUCACACUCACGCUCCAAGCUCCAAGAUUUCAGAACUCACACGGACGGUGGUCAGAGCUCAACCUUUAACCGCAACAAUGUCGCCCACAGAUAUCCCGCUCACCCAACGCGCGGCCGUCAUCCACAAAUUUGGCUCCACCAUCGACAUCACCUCCUCCCACCCCGUCGUCCAGCCCAGCGCCCUCACCCCAGGCCAAUGUCUCGUCAAAAUAGAGUAUGCAGGUGUCUGCCAUUCCGAUCUGAAUGCGCUCUAUGGAGACUGGGCAACGAAACCGACGCUGCCGAGGGUGGGGGGACAUGAAGGUGUUGGGCAUAUCGUCGCUAUAGGCGAACAUACAGUUGAGGCAGCAGUCAAGGUCGGAGAUAGAGUCGGAUUGAAAUGGCUCGCGAAGACUUGUCUGAAAUGCGAGUUUUGUCGGCUGACGAACGAGUCCAGUUGUCCAACUCGUACGGUCCACGGUUUCACAUUUGACGGUACUUUUUGUGAAUAUGCUGUUGCCUGGGUUGACUAUGUGACUUCCAUCCCAAAGUCUAUUGACAGCGCAACGGCCACUGCCAUCCUAUGCGCUGGGCUUACCGUAUUCAAAGGUCUGAAGCAGGCCAAUCUUCUCGUCGGUCAGUGGAUAGCCAUUCCCGGCGCUGGCGGUGGUCUUGGGCAUUUAGCCGUGCAAUACGCCGUGCUCAUGGGUCUCCGGGUCUUGGCGAUCGAUACCGGCGAAGCGAAAAGAGAGCUCUGCACGUCCCUAGGGGCGGAGAAGUGGAUAGACUUCAAAGAGAGCCAAAACCUGAUCGCAGACGUGAUCAAAGCCACAGACGGUCAAGGCCCUCACAUAGCUCUCAUUGCUUCCAGCGCUGCAACUCCCUACAACCAAGCAUGUAUGUACCUCCGUCCAACAGGAACGCUAGUUGCCCUGGGAUUACCCGCAGGCGCAGUACUGAGCGUGCCCAUCCUUGUCCUCGUCGGAAAAGAGCUGAAGAUUGUGGGAUCUGCUAUCGGCAAUCGACAGGACGCCGUAGAAUCCAUGGAUAUCGCCGCCCGGGGGAAAGUCAAGUGCCACUACGGCGUAAAGACGCUCGAAGAGCUCAACAGCAUCUUUGCGGAUAUGGAAGAAGGAAAGAUAACUGGCAGGAUUAUGCUUAAGUUUUGAUGAGGGAUGACUUGUCUGUGAUAAAGCUGUAAACGGAGUUGUAAGCUUACUUACGAAUCAUCUUGCCAAGAUCAUUGGCAAUGUAUCCAUAUACGUGUAUAUAUGUAUGACUGCACGUCGAUAGCAGACGAGUUUGCUUGAUCCACAUGGCGGUCAGACAGUCGUCUUCAUUCCAAUUUACCUACCUAUCGACACAUAAUAGACCGUCAUGAUCAAGCGUAACAUGUAAAUCAGUCGUACGAAAGGGAAAAGUGAACAGAAAUUGAAAUUGGAACGCAUUAACUGUGAUGAAUAUAUAAGAGCUUCAGACACAGAAACUAAAAACAGAAGGGGGAGGUAAGCACAGCAGACAAUUUCAGCAAACAAGCGCAGAAAUUUCGAGAAAAAGAAGAAUAUAAUCUGCAAGCAGCGCAACAUAUAAAAAAUAAAAAGAAAAGAGCGACAGAAGACUUAACAGUCCAACAACAAAAGUAUACAAUCUUUACUUUAUCUUUACCAGUGGCUUUAUAAAACGCAAAAGCCACUUUCGGGGAGGAAAACACAUUGUUCAUGCAUGGACAAGAAGAGGUGAUCCAGAUAUGUCCAAUGGGUAUGAGAAAUCAUGAGGGACUACUAUUCGUUUGCAAACCCUGAGAACUCGGUUACUCUGGCCAUAGUCAUUAUCGUCCUGAUAGCUCAUCCGCGCACCGCUGUCUCUAGAACCCGGGACGUUGCCGUCAUUGAACACGUCGCCUUCAUUAUCACUGAGACCUUGCAUAUGCUCAGGUUCAGGAGGGGGAGAAUGAGCAGGCGAUGGCAAUUCAUGUGGAUUGGGAAGAGGCGGGCUAGGAGAACGCUGGGGUGCACCGGCAUUGUAUCCAUACGCAUCAGGCCCUGGGGUAUUGGUAUUAUUCGACCGACCAUACGAAUGGUACGAAUCAGAUGGAUAUGCACUCGGCUGUGAGUACGACUCGCCAGAACUGUAUCCUUGCGCACUCAUAGCUGGUCCACUUUGAUGGGUAAAUUGGGUAUGCUCCGAUGGUCUCCGAUUGACGAAAGGUCCAUUCCCGGCGGCGGCGGCGGCAGCAGCAGCAGCAGCGGCACCAGUACCACCAAGUCCAACGGCUUCGAGCAAGUCGCUCCCGCCAGGUCCUCGCCUGUACCUUAAGCUAGGAUUGUCUCGCAUC